AAUUAAUAUCAUUCUAAACUUUAUUUAACCAUAGAGAUACAUUCAGAUACUUUAAAAAAAGUUGAACAUGGGAUGCCAUAUAUAACAACAAACAUUCAUACCACGCAUAACAAUGCUGACAUAUUUAUCUGAGAUUAACUCAUCUCUGAUCUAACACACAGGGCCUACAGAUCAAUGUGUGGGCAGGUUUUCUUGAAACACUGUAGUUUGCAUCCGACCUUUGGCUUCACAGUGGUGCUACGUGUUAGCAUGUCUUGGGACAAUAAAUAGAACACGAAACUCUCACGUCCUUAGAUAAUUAAUGAAGCCCACAGCCAGGAGCCAGUAACUGGUUGAAACGUGCAAACAUCACCUGCAGGAGGCUCUCAGAGAUGGGUUAUAGGCGUGUAGAGGAAAAAUGAAGAACUCUCACUCUGUUCCGAUUUACAGAUACACUUGUGAUGGGGAAAUGUGCUUAAAAUAAGCUGUUAAUUGUUUUAUGUUUUUGUCAAAAGCGUCAACAUACCAUAUACGCACAUUGAGCUGAAUUUUAAACUAUUAAAAUAGGCAUGCACAGAUAUCAUGUGUCGUAUUCAAUGCGGACAUCCAAUGCGACAGGCAUUUGUGUGUAUGAAACAACUUGUUUAAUGAUGUCAAUGUUUUUUUACUUUCAGUUGAAACCUUUUUUUGUAAUCAGGCAACUAGGCUGUAUUAUACAUAUACGUAAUGUAGAUACAUUUGAAAAUGUAAUCAAAUACAAAAAAGCUUGAGGAAGGUUAACUCUAAAUGCACCAGCUCGCACAAUGUCAGUGUUUGCUUUUUUGUAACGAGUGCUCCAUCUUCUCUUAAAUAGACGUUCUUUGGAUCGGAGCGCGUCGGUCUGCAAACAUGAACUGUAGGAUUUCGUCAGAUCCGUAAAGCGUUCCUCCUGGUUUCAUAAAAAAAAGAAAAAAAGAUAGGGUUAUUCUUUACGAAGACAAACGCAGUUACAACACGUCUUGACCUCGCUAUGGCAUCAACAUAUUCAUAAACUAGAACACUACGUUGUUUCCCACGGGCAGUUUUUUCCUCGGACCGACAAAAGACCAUCAGUCUCCUCGAAGCCGCGCAUAGACUGGGAUGCACUGCCGCUAGCUUGUUAUUAGCUUCGCUCGCUCGCUUCCCCACCGGCUCUGUUCUUCCGACGGGACCAAGCGCACCACCAUGGUGCUGCAAGUGAAGAUCCCAGCAUAUGGCACUUCCGGACACACUUUCUAUGGGUGUAAAGAACAAAAAGUCCACCAGAACACGGCUUCUACACAGUGCAUUAUGACAGACAGCAUGAUGAGUAAAGCCGCCACAAUGGAGAUUCCCAUCAACAGUAAUGGCGACACAGGGACCCUACCAGAAGAUGACAGCCUUGAACAGGACCUCCAGCAGGUGAUGGUAUCGGGUCCCAAUCUCAACGAGACGAGCAUUGUGUCGGGAGGCUAUGGAGGAACGGCGGAGGGAAUCAUCCCCACCAGCUCAAUCAAAGGCCCUGCUGUGCACUACAAUGCAGAGUUUAACAAAAGGAUCCCAGUUGACUCAUUAGGUUCCAACAUGCACCACAGCAGCAGCAGCUCGUCAAUGGCGACCGACGAAGCGACCCGCGGCGUGGCCGUGGAAAAGCUAGAAACGAUGAAGAAGUGGGGUCUCAACACUUACAAGUGUACGAAGCAAAUUAUCUCGGAGCGUUUCGGUCGGGGUUCCCGGACCGUGGACCUGGAGCUCGAGGCCCAGAUCGAGGUGCUGAGAGACACGAAGAAGAAAUAUGAGAAUGUGCUGCGAUUGGCCAGAGCGCUGACCAACCACUUCUACAACAUGGUGCAGACCCAGCAUGCACUGGGGGACACCUUCGCUGACCUCAGUCAGAAGUCUCCAGAGCUGCGGGAUGAGUUUGGCUACAACGCAGAGACUCAGAAGCUGCUGUGUAAGAACGGGGAGACUCUCCUCGGCGCCGUGAACUUCUUUGUGUCCAGCAUCAACACGCUGGUCAACAAGACCAUCGAGGACACCCUGAUGACAAUCAAGAUGUAUGAAAAUGCCAGACUGGAGUUUGAUGCCUACCGGUCAGACCUGGAGGAACUGAGUCUGGGACCGAAGGACGCCGUCGCCAUGGCCCGCAUAGACGCUGCUCAGCAACAGUACCAAGUCCAGAAGGACAAGUACGAACGCCUGCGCUCGGACGUCAUCAUCAAGCUCAAGUUCCUGGAGGAGAAUAAGGUGAAGGUGAUGCACAAGCAGCUCCUCCUCUUCCAUAACGCCAUCUCGGCGUACUUUGCCGGCAACCAGGAGCAGCUGGAGCAGACGCUGAAGCAGUUCAACAUAAAGCUGAGGCCUCCGGGGGCCGACAAGCCCUCCUGGCUAGAGGAGCAGUAGUGAGGAGGACCGGCAGCCUCGUCUCGGACCACCUCGACACCCAGUUGCAGAGGACCGCGACGGAGGGAAACGCAGACGUGUAACCGGGUGGAUUAAGACGUGAGAUGGGCGUGUGGCUGCAUGAUUGGACAGAUGGAUUGCAGGGUCUUUAUUGAUGAGUCGGAAAAAACGCAGCAGGGAACCAAGCGGCCAGUUUCACGAACAGUCGGGGGGCUUUUAGGGCCUCUCCCCAACUUCCCUCUUCACCCACUCCGACCUAUUCUUUGUGCUCAUCUCUCCCAUCCCUCUCUCCUAUUCGACUCCCUUCUAUUUCAGCACUACACUUAUUCACGUUCGUGGUCAUUAUUGUCCUCUGAGUUCAACUUCCCACAUCGUCUUGGUAACAGAGACGGGUGACAUAAUGACAAAUCCAUAAAAACACACUCGGAUGAAACCAAACGGGGCAUCGGAGCUCUUCCAGACCUUAUCACUCUCCUCGUGUGCCUCUUUUAUUUAUGAGCCGACACACUCAAUGAACUCGUGGCCUGCAGGAAGAAAGAUAAAUUAAGAAAGGGAGAAAAGAAAAGAUUUAAAACUCCAAAUGAAUCUGUACACUGGAAAAGAAAUGCUUGGAUAUUUCAAAUCAAUGUACAUUUGAAAUUAAGUACUGUUUAACUCUGGAAAUAAUUAGUAUAUGAUUGUUUGUAGCUUUAUAAAACAAAAAACACUGCUG